AUGGUGCGUGUGAGCGCUAUUGUUGGGGUUGCAGCCUCGGUGGUUCUCUCCCUUUCUUCCGGCGUGUACGCGGCCGAGGGAGCGGAAAAACCCUUGGGAGGCGAAGGUCAAGCGCCUACCUUGUUGUCAAUGCUAGGUGGCGGGCGCGCGGGAAGGGGGUUGUCAGUCGGACAAUCAGUAGACCUUGACCUGAUGGGCAGACGCUACCGAGUGACCAGAUCCGAGGGUGCGCCAGAUGUGCUCGAGAUCUCCGUUCUGGACGCGGAUGGGAAGGCUUCUCACAUCGGCUUUGUAAGCAUUCCGGAAGUGAUGGACACCGUGGCGCGCAUGCAGAAGGACGAGGGAAUUUUCCUUGAUGCGUUAAGUAAAGGAGAAACAGUAAAGGAGGCGAUCGAGGAUGUUGCUGCAGCGGAAGGUCUUUCUCCCGAGCAGACUGAAAACCUGGAGGAAACGGUGGCCGCUGUAGCGACUCUUGUUCGUGACGAGAUGGAAGUUCUUAAAGAUCAGGAGAAGCUAGAAGAGGAUGCAGAAAAGCUUGCGGGAGAUUUAGAAGCUCUUCAAGGGCAACAUUAA